AUGUCCAACGUUCUCCGACCCUACCUUGCUGCUGUUAGAUCAACGCUUACUGCAGCGCUUACUCUCCAAGACUUUGCUUCUCAGGUCGUGGAGCGGCACAAUAAGCCAGAAGUAGAGGUUGGAAAGUCGAAGGAAGUUCUACUUAAUCCCCUCACAAUCUCGCGAAACGAGAAUGAACGUGUUCUCAUCGAGCCCUCCAUCAACUCUAUCCGACUCAGUAUCAAGAUAAAGCAAGCCGACGAAAUCGAGCGUAUUCUUUGCCACAAGUUUACUCGAUUCAUGAUGCAACGUGCGGAGAGCUUCAUUGUACUGCGGAGGAAACCAGUACCGGGCUACGAUAUCUCCUUCCUCAUUACCAACACCCAUUCCGAGACCAUGCUCAAGCACAAGAUUGUCGAUUUCAUCAUCCAAUUCAUGGAGGAGGUCGACAAGGAGAUCAGUGAGAUGAAACUGAGUCUGAAUGCCCGCACCCGUAUUGUUGCUGAAUCAUAUCUCACAGCGUUCAACUCAUGA